GUUGUGUUGGUAGCAAUGAGAAAUUGUGUAACUGUGGUUGUGUUUGUGCUACACGUGGCAUUCUGUUUCUGUGUUAGAACUUCUGGGGUCGUAGCUGCUCUUCAGAGGUACUUUUAUACGGAGUGUGUUUUCUUGUUGCACAAUGAAGAUCACGGUCUCACAACUACUAGCACUUUGGCUCAGUGGCAAUUGCAGCUGUCAAGCGAACUGUGCCCCUCUUCGGUGCAGUUCAGACUCAACUCGACCCAAACGUUUUCAACGUGCCAACGCAGUCGUCCACUGUUUGUCCUACAUCCAGGAGAUCCGACCAGAAUAAAACCAUUCCUUCAGUUUGCAGCAAACAGAAGCUUCUCGAGGGUCAUCUGGUUGCUGUUCCUGGACAAGAACUCUUCCCUGGAGGAAUUAUUCACCGACAUUAACAUCCCCUUCGACUGCGAGUUCCUGGUGGCUCAGCCAGAAGAUGACCACGCCGUUGGUCUGACCGAAGUGUACCGUGUUAGCCCCACACUUCCCCUGCAGACAUACCGUUUCGGCAACUGGACUCCUGAUGGCGGCCUCACCUGGCCCUCGAGAGGCUUCUACCAUAGGAGAAACAGCCUACAAGGACUUGUACUGAAGACAGCAGUCAUAGAUGCUUUCUACACCAACGUCGUAGAAGAAAGUAACAACAAGCCGAUUAAAAUAUCUGGUUUCUUUGGGGAAAUGUGGAACACGCUUGAGGACCAACUUAAAUUCAAGUCUGAUUUUUACAAGCCACUUGACAACUUCUUCGGGGCUCCAACCGAGAAUGGAUCGUGGAAUGGUAUGAUCGGAAUGUUGCACAGAGGAGAGGCCGACUUCGCAGUUGCGAAGUUCGUGAUGAGCCCCGCCCGCCUACAAGCCGUGGACUUCAUUUCAACUUUAGAGCAAGUGAAGACAAGGCUGUUCAUCAAAGAACAAAGAGCACUGCUCGUGAAAUGGGACGAAUUUCUCAGACCAUUCACCAGGAGGCUCUGGAUGUUACAGUUGUUUUCAAUGAUUCUUAUCGGUCUAUGUUUCGGAGUGACGUAUCACGUUGGACAGCGACUAGGACUUGAGGCCGGCGUCGCAUCCGUGCUCCAGAAUCUCUACGAUGCCUUAUUCUACACUUUCGCUAGCUUUUGUCAGCAAGGACGAAGUGUGACGCCACGAAUGUUGUCAUGCCGUGUUGUCUUCUUGACAUCAUAUUUCACGGCUGUGGUGCUUCUCGCCGGAUAUUCUGCUUUCCUCAUAUCUUUCUUGGCCACUAGAGAGACCAAGGAGUUCCCUUUCACUAGCUUCAAGCAAUUUCUGGACGAUGGCAGGUUUCAGCUGGGCAUGCUAUCAGAUUCGGCCUUUACAUUCUAUUUUGAGAACUCAACGGAUCCUGUGAUGCAGAAUAUUUACCAGAAAAUGAUUGCACCAAACCGACACAAUUUUCCAUUUUCGGAUGACGAAGGAUUCCGGAGGGUGUGCAAUGUACCGAAUUAUGCCUACAUUACGUACACAGAUCUGGAGUACCAAGAGACGGGAACUCUCAGCUGUGGUCUCACCGAGAUUCCGCAAAUUUACAUCCCUGGUUCACUGGCUAUAACGACAGUCAAGAAAAGCCCUUACAAAGGAAUCUUCAAUUCUGUAAUCUGGAAGAUGAAGAGAAAUGGAAUCCUGAAGAGGCUGCACACAAUGUUUUACCCCAUCAAAGUUCCAAUAUCAGAGAUUCCUAGACCAGUGGUCUACCUAGUACAAGUAACACCAGUAUUGACACUUCUAGGUGCUGCAACGUUGGUCGCCAUAGUGCUGCUCCUGGUGGAGAAUAAAGCAGCCUACAUCAAGGCAUGUCUCCAGAUUGGCAGACAGAGAAUGAACCAGCUAUUGUUUGGUUUGAUUCUGGUCAGUCCUACACAUGCCAGGAAAAGGCGACAGACAUAACAGCGCUGCCAGAGAACCACCUGACCCAUAAAUAAUAGCAUAUAACACUUUAAACUAUCUAAAUUUAACCAUCAGUAAAUGUUACAGUAAAACGCUGCUGAAUUUCAGCAAAGUUUGAACUACUUUUAACUCCAAAAUAGGUCUGUGUUUAAAAUAACAUUGCUGAUUUCCUUUCAAAUUGCACAUGAUAAACUUAAUCAAAUUAUGACAAAAAAUAAAUAAUUUCUGCACUCAUA